ACGGAAACCCUACGUAACUUGGAUUCUUCGCUUCUUCACCACCGCCGCUUUCCCGAUCGGAAACCCUAGCAAUAACCGAGCAGCAGAUCCGGCGAUGGGCUUCGACGUCGGCGUCAUCCCCUUCAACCUAGACGGAUGGGGCCCUCCCGAUGCCAAUCCCGCGCCGCUCCUCCUCUCCGGGAACGACAGGGUCGCCACUCGACCCGCCAACAUCCCUUUUGCCCCCUUUUCCCGCUCCGAGAAGCUGGGCCGCGUUGCCGACUGGACCCGCAACCCUAACUUCGGCUCCAACGCCGCUCGAUCGGCCGCCGGUGGAGAUCGCGACGCCGUCUUCGACUUCGCUCUCGACGAGUCCUCUGCCCUAUCCGUCGGCGCUGGUGAUGACGCCUCUUUCCGCCUGGUCGACGGCAAGCCCCCGCCGCGCCCCAAAUUCGGCCCCCGCUGGCGCUUCCAGCAGCGGCCGCAGCUGCCGCAGCGCCGCGAUGAGGAGGUUGAGGCCAAGAAGCGUGAGGCGGAGAAGGAACGGGCCCGCCGCGACCGUUUCUACAACCUCCACCAUCGCUUUGCCGCAGGAGGUGGUUUUGGUGGCGGCCCAAAUCGGCGUGAUUCUCCUGUCUUCAAGUCCUCCGUCGACAUCCAGCCUGAAUGGACCAUGCUCGACCAGAUUCCUUUCUCCACUUUCUCAAAACUCUCCUUUUCCGUUCCUGAUCCGCCUGAGGACCUCCUUGUCUGUGGCGGCCUGGAGUUCUAUGAUCGCUCCUUCGACCGCAUCAACCCCAAGAACGAGCGCCGUCUUGAGAGGUUCAAGUCUCGCAAUUUCUUCAAGGUCACCACCACUGACGACCCCGUCAUACGUCGCCUCGCUGCCGACGACAAGGCCACUGUUUUUGCCACCGACGCCAUCCUUUCCGCUCUCAUGUGCGCCCCACGGUCUGUCUACUCGUGGGACAUUAUCAUUCAGCGUGUUGGCAACAAGCUCUUCUUCGACAAGCGUGAUGGUUCCCAGCUCGACCUUCUCUCGGUCAAUGAGACGUCGCAGGAGCUCCUCCCUGAUGCCAAGGAGGACAUCAACUCUGCAUUCUCCCUCUCCACUGAGGCUACUUACAUCAACCAAAACUUCUCGCAGCAGGUCCUCCUACGUGAUGGCAACAAGAUUACAUUCGAUGAGCCCAACCCCUUUGCUUCUGAAGGUGAAGAAGUUGCAUCUGUUGCAUACCGAUACCGCCGCUGGAAGCUUGAUGAUGAGACCCAACUCAUUGCCCGCUGUGAGGUGCACAGCAUCACCGAUGUCAAGGGUCAGCGAGCUUUCAUGACACUGAACGCCCUCAAUGAGUUUGAUCCAAAGUACACUGGUUUAGAUUGGAGGCAGAAACUUGAGACACAAAGGGGAGCAGUUCUCGCAACUGAACUCAAGAACAAUGCCAACAAGCUUGCCAAGUGGACUGCUCAAGCACUACUUUCCGGGGCUGAUUUGAUGAAGCUGGGUUAUGUCUCUAGAGUCCACCCUCGAGACCACUACAACCAUGUUAUUCUGAGUGUGAUUGGGUACAAGCCUAGGGAUUUUUCAGCCCAAAUCAAUCUCAACACUUCCAACAUGUGGGGCAUCGUCAAGUCAAUCGUCGACCUUUGCAUGAAGCUCAAUGAAGGGAAAUAUGUUCUUGUUAAGGACCCAGUUAAGCCACAAGUGCGAAUCUAUGAGGUGCCAGUAGAUGCAUUUGAGAAUGACUAUGUGGAACAGCCUCUGCCAGAGGAGGAGCAGGUGCAGCCUCCGGCAGAGGAAGAUGCUACAGCUAGUGCUAUGGAUGCUGCAGCAGAAGCAGUGGCCGAUACUGCAGCUGGAGCUGCAGAGGAGGAAAAGAAUGCCGAUGCUUUUGCUGUCUGAAUGGGAGUGGUAAGUGGCACCUUAGUCUAUACAUUUUCAGCUUCAAUUCAAAAUGAUAUGUAUGUUUUUUUAAUCCAUGAGAUCUGUUUUGUUUAUCUAGUUUCAAGUUUUGGUACAAAUGGAACUGUUUUCUCUUCCCCAUGUUGUUUGUUUAUUGUUGAAUGUUGAGGAUUUGGUGGUUUUAGUCUGCAA